UUUUGUGGACUGUAAGGAAAGUGGACAGUAAAGUGUUCUUCUAAACGGUGGUGGCUGGUGGACAUUGUAUCCCACUUUUAUUCUAUUUUAUAGGUACUGAAGAACCCGAUAGUGUUCAUGGUGGUGGUCGGGAUCGUGUCCCACUUUGCCCUGGGCCAGAGGAUCCCUGCUGUGAUGGAGGAGUUUGUGGAUGGCUUGGCCAACUCCUUCGGAGGAGCAGCUCUCUUCUACCUGGGACUAUCUAUGGUGGGACAGGUGGGCAAACUCACCAGGUCUACUGGAGUAGCCCUUAUCCUGCUCAUCACUGCCAAACUGCUGGUGAUGCCUCUCAUCUGUAAGGACAUGGUCGACCUGCUGGACUCUACAGGUUCCAACAGCAGCAGUCUGAACCACUCCAGCCUGUCCAACUAUGCCUUUCUCUACGGGGUGUUCCCCCCUGCUCCCAGUGUAGCCAUCUACGCAUCACAGUACAACAUGGAGCUGGACGUGGUGACGUCAGGGAUGGUGAUCAGCACGUUCCUGUCUGCCCCCAUCAUGUACGUGUCAGCCUGGCUCCUGACCAUCCCCCUGAUGAACCCCAAGCCACUGGUCACUGAGCUGCAGAAUGUCAGCUUCAACAUCAGCAUCGUCAGCCUGGUCGCACUGUUCCUAGUGUGUGUCGGUAUGAUCCUGUGGAACUUCGUAGUGAAGCAGGAGGACAUCUUGGGACAGGUGUUGACAUUCACACUGCUCUAUGGGUCACUCUACAGCACAUAUGUCUGGACUGGUCUCAUUCCUCUCUGUUUGGUUCUGACCAAGAAGGACAAUUUGCUGAGGAUUCCACCUUGGGUCUUCAUGGUCUUUGGCUGGGGCAUACCGUUCCUCAUCCUUGGAGGUCUGCUCCUGGCAGGAGAGAGGAUGCCUGAUACUAUAGACUCUGCCUUCCUCUAUGGCAGGGCUCAGAUCAUCAGUACUGCAGUAGUAGUCUCCUGCAGCAUCUUGGUAGGUGGUUUCUCUCUGAUGGGUCUCAGCCAGGGCACCAAGGAGAACCAGAACUACCAAGCCCUGGAGACAGCCUCUAACACGGGUACUAUAGAGGACCUGAGGCCCCCUGGACACCAGGAGAACCAGAACUACCAAGCCCUGGAGACAGCCUCCAACACAGGUACUAUAGAGGACCUGAGACCCCCUGGACACCAGGAGAACCAGAACUACCAAGCCCUGGAGACAGCCUCUAACACGGGUACUAUAGAGGACCUGAGGCCCCCUGGACACCAGGAGAACCAGAACUACCAAGCCCUGGAGACAGCCUCCAACACAGGUACUAUAGAGGACCUGAGACCCCCUGGACACCAGGAGGACCAGAACUACCAAGCCCUGGAGACAGCCUCCAACACAGGUACUAUAGAGGGCCUGAGGCCCCCUGGACACCAGGAGGACCAGAACUACCAAGCCCUGGAGACAGCCUCCAACACAGGUACUAUAGAGGACCUGAGGCCCCCUGGACACCAGGAGGACCAGACCCCCCCACUGGAGCCCUCAGCACCAGAGACCAGCAACAACAAUGACUGUUGUAGAUGUACACAGCCCGUGCCCGACAUGAUCAACGGCGCCACCAGGAACGACACUCCCACGUCUCUAACAGGCCAGUGUGGGGCGCUGUGUGAAACCCAGCAGCAGCAGUGUAGUCCACCGGUCCAGGAUGACAGACAGCUGGUCAGACACGUCCUGUUGUGUCUUCUCCUCAUAGUUUCCCUGCUGGCUAACCUGUCCAGUUGUCUAUGGUGGUUGUUCAACCAGGACCCUGGUAGACUGUACCUGGAGCUGCAGUUCUUCUGUGCUGUGGCCAACUAUGGACAGGGCUUCAUUUCGUUUGGUAUCUUUGGCCUGGACAGGCAUCUGAUCAUUCUGCCAUUCAAGAAGAGGUUAGUGAGCCUAUGGCAGGGCAGGGAGAGUGAGGAGGAGCCCCCCUCUGUGGUUCCAGAGGAGAUCAGGCUGACCUGCACUCAGUUUGUCCGCUAUCAUAAAGACCAGUGUGUUCAGGACAUAGUGCCCAUCAGAAGGUGUGAGGGAGAGAGGGUUCAGGAGAGGGAGCGCUCCAGGGAGAGACCUGGUCAGGGGACUUAUCCUCCAUCCCAGGCCCAGACUCAGGCCACUUUCCUGGGCAGUGAUUUGGUGGACUGGCUGGUGAGGGUGGGUCUGACCCGGGACAGGGGGAAGCCCAGCUCUAUGGGGCUCAGCUCCAGCAAGGAGGGAUACUGCAACACCUCACACACCAGUUUGGCUUCAGGGACGACGCCCUUCUACACUACCGCUUCACUGAGAGGAGCUGGACGCCACCGAUGGAGAGGAACAGCAGUAUGCCUCCUGUGGCCAAGUAAUGUUCCCAGAGAGGGGGAGGAGGAGGAGGGGGGAUGA